CGCCGCAGUGCUCUGUUCUCAGUUGUCUGAGCUGGUGAACUGGAAGGUUCUGCCCCUGUCGCCCUCGCCAUGACAGAGGACGAUGAUCUGAUGCCAGCUUUGAGUUCUGAUCAGACGCGCAGCGAUAGCGGUGGGCUGGCUCCUCCUGAGGGGCUGUGCUGGGGGUCGGUGCUUUCCUGCCUACUGCUCGCCUGUUCAUACGUUGGAAGUUUGUACAUCUGGAAAAGUGACUUGCCGAGGGACCAUCCUUCAGUGAUAAAGAGGCGCUUCACUAGUGUGCUGGUUGUGUCAGCUCUGUCGCCAGUCUUUGUGUGGGCAUGGAAAGAAGUCACAGGCAUUCAGACAGGUCCCUCUUUACUAGCUCUAAUGGGAAUCCGAUUCGAGGGCCUUGUUCCUGCAAUCAUCCUGCCCCUGCUACUCACCAUGGUACUAUUUCUGGGCCCUCUUAUCCAGCUAGCUAUGGACUGUCCCUGGGGCUUCAUAGAUGGAAUCAAAGUGGCUGUCGAUCCACGGUUCUGGACGCUGUGCGCGAGUGAUAUGCGCUGGUUGAGGAACCAGGUGGUGGCCCCACUGACUGAAGAGCUGGUGUUCCGAGCUUGCAUGCUGCCCAUGCUGGUGCCCUGUGCUGGACCCUCCACGGCCAUCUUCACAUGCCCACUCUUUUUUGGUGUGGCACAUUUUCACCAUGUGAUUGAGCUGCUGCGUUUCAGGCAGGGCACCAUCUCAGGGAUUUUUCUCUCUGCAGUAUUUCAGUUCUCCUACACUGCAGUAUUUGGAGCCUAUACUGCCUUUAUAUUCCUCAGAACAGGUCACCUAGUUGGCCCUGUGCUGUGUCAUUCUUUCUGUAAUUACAUGGGUUUCCCGGCUGUGAGUACGGCUCUGGAGCAUCCGCACCGCCUCACCGUUCUGUCCUUCUACGUGCUGGGAGUGCUUCUGUUCCUCAUCCUUCUCUUCCCCAUGACUGACCCUCUCUUCUAUGGUUGGCCCACACCUGUCUGCACCCUGACCUCCACACUGGGCUCUCUCUGCUCCUGAUCCCCCCCACAUCCUCUCCACCCUCUGCCCUGGCCUACACCCUUUCCUUCAUUCUGCUCUUCUUCAGAACCCACGCUCUUUUCCUCCUGAGAGGCCACCGAUGCCUCCAGGCUGUCUGCUCUGUAGUGGGCUUAACAGGGAGAACAGGGGCCCUGUGGAGAACAGGUAUGAGAACUCAGUGUUUCUGUGGAUUCGGUGGAUGAAGUCCAUGUACUCGAGAUGUCUUCAAGUUGCAGCAGCCACAGCUCAGCCGCAGCGCAGCGCAGCGCAGCGCAGCGCAGCGCAGCAGACACCAUCACAAUUGCCACCAACAGCGAACACCGAGUACGUUGUCAAAUGAAGUUGAUGAGUCCGACUUUGAGUUUGAUGAAGACGGGUAUUUAUACGUUGCUGCAUGUUCACCAUGUUUAUAUGACGAUAUUUGUAUAUUUAGAAUUGGCCGCAUUUGGGUAAAGAGUUUUAUGGUUCCACUAGAAAGACUUAUACACUGUAUUUUGCAUUUACCGCAGGAGAUAGACAACUUCUUGCAUUUUUUGUUUUUCUUUUUGGAUUCUCUUAGCUCAAAUUGACACAUAAGCUGCUUUUGUCUGGUGCUUUUACUUGAAGAACUGGGUUCAGAUCUGCCCUGAAGUUCACUGAAACCUUCAGCUUUUCUCACAUUUCUUUGAACCUAAGAACUAAUCCACAGGACGUUGGCCAUUAACAGCUGCUUCAGUUUUAAAUUAUUAAAAUACAACUCAAUUUUUGUCAUUAGGAACUUUAUUUUUUUAAGGUAUUUGUAUAUUUGAAGCAUCAUGUUGUUGGAAUUUAAAUAUCUGAAUUAUGUGCAGAGUAUCACCCUUAGAGCAUCGCCUUACGGCUAGAUUGUCCAUAUAGCAGACCUCAUUUAAUAUAAAGAACUUGGCGUAAACUAACUGUACUCAUACUAUGGGUCAAAGCUAACUUUUCUGUCAGGCAUUUACAGAAUAUACCAACUUUUAUGGAUUGUAACAUACCAUGCGCAUAUAGAAUUUGUUGACCAGUAAUGAAUACUUUAUGCACAACCUUAGGAAUUGCUUUUACAUAUAAGUACCAAGGCAUGUUCUUACUACAAUAACCAAAAGUAGGUUUACACUAGGAUUUGAUCUCAGGCCAUUGCUUUGACAAGAAGAAAAUUUCAAUGCUUUAACUUGUGUAAUGACAUACAGCACACUGCGUCACAUGACUGAUGUGCACUUUGGUGCCUGAAAUAUUUAUCAGUGCUGACAUUUGCAUAUGACUUGCAUAUGGUGCCCCCCAAAACAGAUUGCUAACAAUCCAUCUUUUUCAUCGUGGUGCGACUAUUAAGCCUUGUUUUAAUUUUGAAGGUGGUAGAAGCUUGUGAGCCCUUUGUUAUGAAGUGCUGGAGAAAACUGACCACUACCCUGCAUGCUGCUACACUGCUGAAAUGUGGAUUUUGGAGCAGUACGGAAAUGUACACUAUCAGUUAAUGCUGGCAUGAAAUUGCUCUGAUGCAGAAACUUAAAUCUGCUAUUUUGUUUUGUGUAACAUGUUGCGUACAUCUUGUAGGUCAGCGUAGAUAGAGGCGAAGCACAUUUGUUCGGAUAAUAUGGGUAUCUUUUGCAAUGCUAUUAUUUUCAUCUGGAGUGUAAACUGUAAAGUCUGUACUUUUCAAGAAGAACCACAAUAGGAUGUUUUUUUAAAGUUGACAUUUUGGAUAGUACUUUCACUUCUAUUCUUACAGGAUAUCGUUCCUUCUUUAAUCUACCCAUGCUUAGCUCAUGAUGUUACAUUGGCUUGUUUUCAGUUUUUCACAAAGUCGACUGGUUCAAAUAGGUGCUAUAAGUGUUCAGCUAGUAAAAUGCUGUGAAGUGUGUAGUUAUUGCUGUUGCAUGUAUGAAAGACCAUUUAAUCAAAGUGAAUUUCUAGCAAUAAGAACAGGUGGGACCAAAUCAGGGAUUUCCAUGUUGUUCCAGCUUAACGUUUGACCCUUCCUAUUUGCAAAAUAGUUAUAAAACCAGGACAAUGAGUGACAGUUAGCCACACAUGAACCACUAAAGCAGUGGUACGAGUGGCCGUUGCCAGCACUUGUCAUGUCUGAAAUAAGUCGGCCUGUUGUUAGCUAUCGCAGGACUGUUGUAAAUGUGCCAUAGUGUAUUAGAUUAACUAGCUAAACUGUGCUUGAUGAGUUAAAGCUUGACCUUGGCGUCUUAAAGGACGGACCUGUUUACAUGUGGAGGAAGUUAUCUACCAAUGCUGCUUUGGAUUCAGUUCGUCUGCUGCAUAUUUACUCACUUAUCACUCUUACUGCCUCGGCUCAGAGGCUGCUGCUUUGUGCUGGUGUGCUUCUUACGCAUUUUCAGUCACCAGAGGGAGCCAGAGCACUGUGUUAUGUAGAGCUGUUUUUUUUUUCUUCUUUUUCUUUGUUUUUCAACUGUUCAAAGCCCGUAAUUAUUAAUAGCAGACAGUGAGACAGCCUGUCUAUGAUUUCCUAACAAACAAAGGCAGGUUGCAUUUAAAGCAUUUUUUUCUGCCUGUGUUGGUGCAGUCCCAGAACUACCUUGCCUGACUGGUGGUUUAACCCCUUAAACUUUAGGUUUGCUGUUCACUUGUUCAGUGCAUGACUCAUAUUAGUAUUGGCAGAUAAUUGCCAGCAUUGGACAGAUGUUUAGAUUAGACCAGUAUUUUAAACUAAUAUUUGAUGAUCUUGUAUUCUUGAAGGACAGGAUGUUUAGGUGAUGCUGGGCCAUUGUGCUAAAAUGCGUAUAUUUUAUCUGUUUCACUGCAUUUGUCCUCUACAGCUAAAUGUUAUAUUUGUCCGUAAUGCUAGUCCAGGUAGAUUUCUACGCAUUGGAAAAGUUUAUGUAUCCACAUCAGCAAAUAUGUGCAAAAAUAUUGGAUUUCAGCUUCAGCCCACAAUUCCCAUGCAUCCCUAACAGUUAUAUCUUGUCUAAUGAAAGCAUCUUGAGCCCUGUUUGGACUGGAGUAGUUUUAUCUGGGGAUGUGCUGUCAUUCAAGUAAUUACUGAAGAGAUUUGUCAUUUUAAUCCAGUACAAAUCUCCAAUGUCUGUAGUUUUUAUUUAUUUAUUUUAAUUAUUAGUAAAUAAUAGUUUUGGGCUAAAUUACCUCCUACAAUUUGCCAAACCUGGAGCUUUCUCAGUGAUAAUAGUCCUCUUCUUAUCAAUGUCACAUUAAUGUUGUGGAACAACAAAACGUAAAAAAAAAAGUAAUAGAAAACAGCACCUC